AUGGCCCCAAUGGAAGAUUGUACUUGUCCAAUCUGCUUGUGCAUCCUGAUUGAACCAGUCACCAUGCCCUGUAAACACUCCAUCUGCUUUCCCUGCUACAAGCAGACUGUGGAGAAGGCCAAUCUGUGCUGCCCUCUUUGCCGCCUUCGGAUAUCUGUCUGGGCUCGGAAGUCUGCAAAGGCAGGCUCCCUUAUUGAUGAGGCCAAAUGGGCUGCGAUUAAGAAGGAAUUUCCUGUGCAAGUGCAGAAGCGAUUGGAGGGAAAGGAGACACUUGAUGAUGACAAUGAUUUAGAGAACUAUGAAACAAGACUGAGACAGUUGAUGGCAGUGUCGAAACCUGGCGAGAUCCGAGAAGAAUACGAGGCAGAGUUGGAAAAGCUUCAGCGUCGACGUCAAGAGGAAGCAAAAAUGGAGGAGGAGGCAAGUGCAGCCUUGAUUAGAUCAUUACAGGAGGAGAUGGAGAGGGAGAGAGAGGCAGAGGCAAGACUGAAGGAAGAGCAGGAUAUGCUGGACAGAGAAGUAGCUGAGAAACUUCAAGAGCCAAGAAGCCAAAGAAAUCUACAGUUGAGUCUGUCUUUGGGGAAGAAGACCGAACCCGUUGUUUCCAUAAUGCGGUGGUGUGUGCCAAACAAUGAAUCAGGAAAUGGACUGCAAACUAAAAAUGCAGUUGUUGAUAAACUUGAGCCGAGACUUAGAUAUAACGCAAGUGUUUUCGUUGAUAAAUUUGAGCCACGACAUAGAAAUGAUCCGAGUGUUUUUGUUGAAAAACUUGAGCCGCGACAUAGAAAUGAUCCAUAUGUUUUUGUUGAAGAACUUGAGCCGCGAGAUAGAAAUGAUCCAUAUGUUUUUGUUGAUGAACUUGAGCCACGAGAUAGAAAUGAUCCAAAUGUUUUUGUUGAUAAACUUGAGCAAAGACAUAGAAAUAACCAGGGUGUCCUUAACUAUUUUGGAAAAAGAAAGGACACUACAGGUGAUGACAAUAAGAAGAAGCAUGUAUUUGAUGACAGUAAACGUUCUAAUGAUAUACAUAAUGUGAAGAGAGAAAAUUGUGUAGCUAGUGACAGUAAUGAAUGUUCUAGAAAGAAGAGAUUUAAAAAUGAUUCAGUCAUUGGUAGUUCAGCCUCAGUAGGGCAAGAAACUUCGGCAGUGGAUGUUAUAGAUCUUGAUGAUGUCGACCUGACAAUGAUGUCACAAGAAGAGCUGGACCAUCUGAUGGCUGUCCGGCUUCAAGAGAUGUAUUCAAGCCUUGACAAGAAGAAUAUCGCUGUUGAUAGGUUUAAAGGUUCAAAGGAUCAAUACAUGCUUCGGAAAAAGUCGGCAAGGAAAUAA